AUGCUUCUCCUAGGCCUGACCGGCUCCAUCGCGACCGGCAAAUCCACCGUCUCAAACCUUCUGCGCAGCCCGCCCUACAACCUACCCAUAAUCGACGCCGACGUCGUCGCGCGCAAAGUCGUCGAGCCGGGAACGCCGGGCUACCGCGCCAUCGUCGAACACUUCGGCCCCACCACACCAGACCUGCUGCUUCCUGCCUCUGAUCCUGCCUGCGGUGGCAAGGAGGAAGGCCCUACAGGCAAAGGCCGUCCGCUGAACCGGCCCGCGCUCGGGAGGCGCGUCUUCGGCGCUGGCGAUGAGCGCAUGCGCGAUCGCAAGGUCCUGAACGGCAUCGUGCAUCCUGCCGUGCGGCGCGAGAUGUACAAGCAAAUGCUGUGGGCCUACCUGCGCGGCCAUUGGGCCGUUGUGCUCGACAUCCCGCUGCUGUUCGAAAGCGGGUGGGAGAGGUACUGCGGCAACAUCAUGGUUGUCGCGGUCAAGGACCCGGAGAUCCAGAUGCAGAGGCUGAGAGCUAGAGACCCGCAUCUGAGCGAAGAGGACGCGAAGAAUAGGGUCCUCAGCCAAGGAGACGUUAGGGAGAAGGCCGAGAGAGUCCAGAGAAGGGGAGAGCGGGCCAGCGCUGUCAUCUGGAACGAUGGCAGCAGAGAGGAACUUGAGAAACAAGUCGCCAAGGUCAUGGCAGACAUCAAGAGACGCAGUCCUCAAUGGUGGGCGUGGCUACAGCUAUUUUGCCCGCCGCUUGCCGCCUUGACUGCUUUCUGGAGCUUCUGGAAGAUGCGCCGUGUGCAGCUCCAGUGGGAGCAUGAGAAGGCGCAAGAGAAGGCCAGACUGUGA